AUGAGCACAAGCAUAACUAGUGUCAAUGUGAAUGAGGGGGAAUGCUUUGAGCAGUGCUUAAGUGUAGUAGCAGAAGGGAAAGUGCCGAGACUCAUCGCGGUGAAAACACAGAGAAAACAUAAGGACUACAGCGAGCCAUUGAAAGGAAGCGUUGGUUCCUCUUUGCCAAGCAAUAAGAACUACAGCGAGCAGUUGAAAGGAAGCGUUGGUUCCUCUUUGCCAAGCAAUAAGGACUACAGCGAGCAGUUGAAAGGAAGCGUUGGUUCCUCUUUGCCAAGCAAUAAGAACUACAGCGAGCAGUUGAAAGGAAGCGUUGGUUCCUAUUUGCCAAGCAAUAAGGACUACAGCGAGCAGUUGAAAGGAAGCGUUGGUUCCUCUUUGCCAAGCAAUAAGGACUACAGCGAGCAGUUGAAAGGAAGCGUUGGUUCCUCUUUGCCAAGCAAUAAGAACUACAGCGAGCUAUUAAAAGGAAGCGUUGGUUCCUCUUCGCCAAGCAGUAAGGUCUACAUCGAGCAGUUGAAAGGAAGCGUUGGUUCCUCUCCGCCAAGCAAUAAGGACUACAUCGAGCAAUUAAAGGGAAGCGUUGGUUCCUCACCGCCAAGCAAUAAGAACUACAGUGAGCAAUUAAAAGGAAGCGUUGGUUCCUCACCGCCAAGCAAUAAGAACUACAGCGAGCAAUUAAAAGGAAGCGUUGGUUCCUCACCGCCAAGCAGUAAGGACUACAACCAGCAGUUGAAAGGAAGCGUUGGUUCCUGUUUGCCAAGAAGUAAGGACUACAGCAAGCAUUUAAAAGGAAGCGUUAGUUCCCCUCCGCCAAGCAGUAAGGACUACAGCGAGCAGUUGACAGGAAGCAUUGGUUCCUCUCUGUCCUUGAGUCCACCCAACUCUAGCCUGACUUUAGUUUAUUGA